AUGGCAAAUGAAGCACGUACUCUCGUUACUCCUGAAGGAAACGUUGUAGAUAUUCAAGGAGCUAGUCAAGAAAAUGGAGCUAAUGCAAUUAUUUACCCAAGACAUGGAGGAGAAAAUCAAUUAUUCUUUAUUGAUAAACAAAUUGGAUGGAUUAUUUCUGUGUUUUCCAGAAAGGCAUUAACUGUUAAAGAAAAUAUGCACGACAUUAUUCAAUCGGACUAUUGUAGUCUUUCUCGUCAACAAUGGAUAUUUGAAGAUAAUCCUGAUGGAACAACAAUUAUUCGUUGUUACGAAAAUCCAGAAUUAGUUCUUUCUGUUACAAACAAUAUAGACAAAGUUUGUUUAAGUCCAUUUACAAGAGAAGCUCAUCAAUUGUGGAGAAUUGAAUAA